UGAAUUGGGAUAUUCUGCUUCUCCUAGAAGAUCAUUUCUCCACACACCGCACCACCUUAUUCCAUUUCCUUUUGAAGCCGAUGUUUUAUUUUCGUUGCAGUAGUCAAAGAUUCUCUUACCCCACCUGUCGUCUUCCCAUUUCUUCAAUUACUAGAUUUUAGAUUGAAUUUUUAAAUAAGGAAUAUAUAAGAUAUCAUGUUCUAGGCAUGUAAAAUUAUUAUUACGUAUGUGAUUAACCACAGAGACUUUGGACCUUACACAACACAAGAAGCCAAGCACAAAAACUUUCAUUCUUCUUCUUUCUUUCUCUUUCUUUGCAGAUUCUCUCUUUCUUUAUUUACUCUCCACUCACACUCAGUCUUACCCUCUGUUUUUAAUUUACCCUUCCUUUUCUUUCUUGCUCUCUCUGUUAAAACUUGAAAUCCUAGAUUCCUUUCUCAGCUUUCCCAAAUUCUGUCAUCAGCUACGUACAGUUUGUAGGUGGUACAGAUGUCGACUCCCGCAAGGAAAAGGCUAAUGAGAGAUUUUAAGAGGUUGCAACAAGAUCCACCCGCUGGCAUCAGUGGGGCACCCGAAGAAAACAAUAUUAUGCUUUGGAAUGCUGUCAUAUUUGGGUUCUGGUAUCUUGUCUGAUUUGGAAUGCAGCCCUGAUGAUACUCCAUGGGACGGAGGCACAUUCAAACUGAGUCUUCAGUUUACAGAGGAUUAUCCGAACAAAGCUCCAACAGUGCGAUUUGUUUCGCGAAUGUUUCAUCCAAACAUUUAUGCCGAUGGAAGUAUUUGUUUGGACAUUUUACAAAACCAAUGGAGCCCCAUAUAUGAUGUAGCUGCAAUACUCACAUCUGUCCAGUCAUUGCUCUGUGAUCCCAAUCCAAACUCUCCUGCGAACUCUGAAGCUGCUCGGAUGUUUAGUGAGAACAAGCGCGAGUACAACCGGAGAGUAAGGGAAAUAGUGGAGCAGAGCUGGACUGCAGACUAGCCGCCCCAUGGGCAAUUGGCGGGUGGUACAUAUUAAAUCUGAAAUUUUCUAGGGCAUGCUGCUUAAGUGAACAUUCCCAAUUCAUUACCUACAAUGUCUGAAGCUAUUGAACUUACCCUAUCUGUAUCUGAAAUACCAUCCCCUUUCAUAAUUUGAACAUUAGAGCUAUUUAAUCCGUAUUAUAUAGUAAGACUGUUGUGUGUGUUGUGUA